AUGCCUACGGUUAUCCUAGGGAGCAAUCAUCGCGAUCCGCAACCUUCUACUUCUAGAGAUGCAAACAUCAUACCAAAAGAACAACGUCAGUCCACUAUUGAUGAAGUCAUCGAUGAAGUUAUAGCUCAGUUUUGUCUUAUAGAUAGUGAAAAUAAAAGCGAUGAAGAUCCUCUGCAUGAUGAACUACACUGGAUUCCUUCGACCGGCUCUCAUUUAAAAAAGUUCAUUUUUGAUUUAGAUCAUGUCGGUGUUACUACACAGAUAUCUGAGGACUUUAUUACCAAGGCACCGUAUGAUUUUUUCAAGAUAUUUCUCAGUGACGAACUUCUGGAUUUGAUUGUACUAGAGACCAAUAGAUAUGCUAGACAAUGCAAAAACAGGGUUGAAAUUACGACAUUUUUUGGAAUUGUAAGGUAUAUGGGUCUAGCAAGGUUGCCGAAAAUGACGGAUUACUGGUCCAAGAAUCCCUUAUAUAGCAAUAAGGUGUCGUGUAAAAUGUCCAGAAAUCGAUUUGAAUUACUCCUCAGAGUGCUACAUUUCAACGAUAACGAAAUUAUUGAUAAAAAUGACCGACUGGGAAAACUAAGCCCACUAUUAGAAAACUUGACCAAUAAAUUCAAAGAGGUUUACGUUCCGGAGAAAUCUGUCUGCAUAGAUGAAACACUAGUACCAUUCAGAGGCAGGCUGUCAUUCAGGCAGUAUAUCAAAAAUAAGCGGUACAAAUUCGGGAUAAAAUUGUACAAAUUAUGUUGUAAGGAUGGCUAUACAUACGAUAUCAAACACGGCAGUUGGGUUACAGGCUUUAAUGUACAUGAUAGUAAUGAAGGUCGACAUACAGUUGUCGGAGCCCAAUCGACCACAAGUUCUGAAACCCAAGUGUCAGGUGUCAUGGCGGUUAACGUGUUGAUCUCUAGCAGAAUUAAAACAUCUGCCUUAAAUAAGCCACAACCUGUUCUUAUUUUACCUUUUUUGAAUACUGAUUCUGAGGUUUGCGUGGCUAGAGCCUUAAUCCAGUAUUUAAAUAAAACAAGGGAUUUAAGAGGUUCUUGUCAAAUUCUUUUGAUUACAUCUAAAAAACCUUAUCGCCGAGCAUCACCGCAGACGAUUAGUAGUUGGAUAAAGAACGUUUUAGAAAAAAGUGGGGUGAACAUAAACCAGUUUAAGCCUCUAAGUACAAGGCACGCUGCGACGUCCCUAGCCGCUCGUGCGGGGAUUAAAAUUACAUCACAAUGGACAAGCUUAAACGACUUCAAUAUUCUACCGAAGAUAUAAAUAAAGCUGUUAACGCUGUUCAGUCAGGAAUGCCAUUUAAAGCAGCUAGCAAGUUAUACAACGUACCCAUAUCGACCCUACAGGACAAAGUAAAAGGAAGAACACUUUUAGACAAGAAAUGUGGACCAGGGACCAUACUAACCAGGGAAGAAGAAAAUUUACUGGUGGAAUGGUUAUUUCGGGUUGCAGCA